GAAUGGGGCAAAGUUGCUCGAGACCACUGCCGACCCUCCCGACAACCGUUGGCGCUCGGUUUUCUGACCAUCGAUUCAAGUUUGAAAACCUCGUCUUUGAAGGGGGAGGAGCAAAAGGCAUUGCAUACAUCGGAGUAUGUAAGGUCCUGGAAGAUGCUGGGAUCCUGCCUCAGAUCACGCGGUUCGCCGGAACCAGCGCAGGCGCAAUCACCGCCGCCCUCCUCGCCAUCGGGUUAACGCCACAGGAGAUGCUGGAAGAACUGAGCUCUAAAAACCUGCUGGAAGUUGUGUUAGAUGCUCGUGGCAAAGCAUUCCACUGGAUUCCCGGUAUGAAGAGGUUCAUCCAAGUCGUGGAUCUGGUCGCCAGGAAAGGCGCAUGUCCGGGCAGGAAGUUCAUGAAGUGGUUUGGAGAGAUCCUAGAAAGGCACCUGAAGAAACGAGGCCUGCCAUUGGAUAAAGAUGUGACCUUUGAACAGGUAUGUUUACAAACUGCAAAUAUCGUGAAUAUGUGA